CGUCGAUCUGUGGAAGGACUUAGCAUUCUUUGGGCCACUGCGAACUUCACAGCCUCGCUGGCAAACUGUUUCUUCGCUUUUUCUGCUGUACUGCCUGUGUAUAUCAGAAUAUCAGCGGUAUACAUGCCCAUUUUAGAGUUUUCCAUACUACUACAGUUUUGGUUCUACUCCAAGCACACUAUGCGGAUGAGAUUAUCCUACGGCGCUGGGUGUUUUCUGAUCUGGAUUGCAGUGAUCAGUUUAGAACUUUCCGUUUCCGAUGCCGAAAAAAAUGUCCAGUGGUUGGCAAUUGUACUUUGGUCUAUUGAGUCAUUUCCGCAGAUUUAUUUGAAUAUGCGUCUUCGCUCAACAGAUGGUCAGUCUACACUCUCUGUUGUAAUUACACUUGUUGGUAAAACAUUGGAUUUCUUGCCAAAUUACCUUCUGCUUUUGCCAGCACAAUACGUUGUCAUGACCUAUUUUUCAUGUACCAUGGCUUUUAUCAAUGGAAUACAGGUUAUCUGGUACCCCAAGCUGCAACCGAAAAAAAGUGCUGUCAUGAACACAACAUACGGCAGCUUCAGAAGUCCGAACGAGGAUGCCCUGGAAGCAAAUGACUGCGAACAAGUUCCUCUGAUGGCUGACGAGGAAAGCUCAGUGGAAGAUGUCGACAGAGGAUCUGUAGAAGAAAUGGCCUCCAUUUGCACAUUUGUUGUACCGAAUUUCGAAUUUCGUGCAAGGUUGCACGAUAUUCCGCUCUAUCAGCGGGGUUUUAUAUUUCUUCUUAUGCUGGCUGUGGUGGUUUUCAGCGUGUGCAUUUGCGUGAACACGGAGUCUGCGCUGGGAAUUUUCGCGCCAAUUUCGGUCGCAGUUUUUCUUUUUGGUGCGUUUUUGUAUCGAAAUUACCGCGAGGGCCGGUUGCAGUUCGCCAACUCUGUUUUGGCGUGGCUGGAUCGCUGCUGCGUUGAUAAACCCGUGCAGUACACGUGGCUGACACGUGAUGAUGAAUGAAGAACACUUGAA